AUGGGAGGCAGCCCUGGCCCCUCUGGGGCCAUGGGCACCAAGCACACACCAUUUCAAAGGAUGGCGGAGUCAGAGGGCACUCAAGUCGGCAAGCCCACUGUGACAGUGCACUUUGACCACAUCUGCGCAAUGCCUGCAUACGUGAACAAGACUGUGGAGAUGUUGCGGUAUGAGGACUACCAGAUGGGCAACAAGGGAGGUGACACGGGGCUGCCUAGUGGGGGCUUCGGGUCUGGCAUAGGGGGCUCAUCAAUUUUAGGAGGAUCCACGGGGGGGGCGCCUUCUUUCUCGGGAUUCGGUACGCCUGCCACCACCAGCGUAUUUGGGGCCCCGUCCACCACCCCUACCUUUGGCGCCAGCACAACUGGAGGAUUGUUUGGUGGCGGGCUAUCUGGAUCUUCAGGGGGAGGGUUUGGUGGGUUUGGAAGCUCGACCUCAGCCCCUGUUUUUGGCAGCACGAAUAAGUUUGGAGGCAUGGGGGGGACCACUUUUGGUCAACCACAGUCCACUGGGUUUGGGGGUUUUGGAUCAUCCACAACUUUCCCAACAUUUGGAGGAUUUGGGUCCAGCAGCGCCCCUGCUUUCGGUGCAUCCUCCACUCCUGCGUUUGGAGGAGGAGGAUUUGGCGCCAGUUCGGGCAGCCUCUUUGGGAGCAGCACCACAUCGGCAUUUGGGUCGACGCCCACUCCCCAAACAGGUGGCAUAUUUGGAGGUGGUGGGUUUGGUGCUACAACUGCUGCAGGCUCGAUCUUUGGCUCUGGCUUUGCAGCCCCGAGCCCUGGCGGCUUUGCAAGCAGCGGGGGCUCACUGUUUGGUACUGGCUCUUCUGGGAUAUUUGGUGCCUCGUCUGGUGGUGGAUUCUCAUCGUUUACUCCCAACCAGGGUUCCGUCUUUGGGGCCUCUUCAUCUUCAUUCUUUGGCUCAGCUACCUCUCCUGCAACGGGUGGAUCUAUCUUUGGUAGUGCUACGCCUGGGAACGUGUUUGGUCAGCAAGGAUUCUCCACAGGGGGAAUAGGAGGGAUGCAGUCAGGCGGGCUGUUUGGAGGGCAGCCAUCGAUAUUUGGCAGCUCCGCAGCGCCUUCUGGGGGCUUCGCGUUUGGAUUGGGUGGCCAGCAGCUGCAACAGCAACAACAACAGCAGCAGCAGCAACAGCAGCAACCGCUGUUACCUCCUCACAAGUUCCCCUAUGGAACCAGCUACCUUCCAGAGCUGCCUAAUCCAUCUCAGCUUGACAGCAAGCUGCCUGGGACAACUGGUUCUGGCCCUGUGUUCACCGUCGUGGCCCCGCCAGAGAUGCGAACGUACAGGCGACUUCCCCUCAUGCUUCCUCCCUCUACUGAACGCCGCAGCCGCGCCCAGAUGGCGGCAAGACACAGAUCUGGUUACAGUGACAGGGAGAGACGGCGCAUGGAUGAGCUGUUUGGCGACACAUUCACGAAUCCCUUUGGUAAAGGGGCUGAGAGGAAGGACUGGAUGCCAACCACCCUGUGGAAGACAGAGGCAGACAACCCAUUGGAGCUGUGGGACGUGAAGAGCCACCUGCCAUCGACAGUGGAGUCAGCGGUGCUGCUGCCGACAGCUGGUGGCGGGGUUCCAGGGACCAGUGGGGAGGGCAAUCCAGAGAAAGGGCCAAGGGAGAACGGAGAGAAUGGUGCUGCUGCAAAUGGAGCUGGCAAUGGUGAGAAUCGGUUCCUUGGCGAGGAAGAAAUUCUGGACGUGCUACCAGAAGUGUCAAGUGAUGAUUAUUUCAUCGUCCCAGACGCCCAAGGACUGAGGAACAUGUUGAGGGGGGAUCCACACGCCUUGAAGAGCUUGUUUGGCUUCACAGUGGGCAGGAAGGGGUACGGGAAGAUCAAGCUUCUGGAGUCUGUGGAUGUGGAGGGUGCAAAGAUCUGUGAGAUCUUUCAAAUCAAGAGAGGUGUGGUUUCAGCUUAUGAAAAGGCACAUAAGAAAGAUGUCCCACCUCCUGGCUCGGGCUUUAAUGUACCGGCAGAGGUUACACUGUACGAAAUCUACAAACGACAGAAGGACGGCACUGUUUUGAGGGACGCAGCCUCCCAGGAGGCCUUCACGAAGCAGCUGAAGAAGUUGUGCAGGCGUGACGGGAGCCAGUUUGUCAGCUAUGAGCCGGACAAGGGCACAUGGAUCUUUCGGGUCCAGAACUUGUGCUAG